AUGGCACAGAUUCAGGUCCAGUAUCAGGCGACGGUUUCCGCGCCGAACGGUGUUGCUCCCGUGACCGGAGGACCGCAGUUUAUGCUUACAUCGCUCUAUGUUGGGGAUCUUGAUCCUACCGUUACCGACGAACAGCUCUACCAAACAUUUAGCCAGAUGGCUCAGGUCGCUUCAGUAAGAGUUUGUCGGGACUUGGCUUCUGGCCGCUCUCUAGGCUAUGGCUAUGUUAACUAUAACGAUCCUCGUGAUGCUGCUAGGGCAUUGGAUCUACUGAAUUUCACGCCACUGAAUAACAAGCCCAUUCGUAUCAUGUACUCUCAGCGAGACCCUAGUCUUCGUAAGAGUGGUACUGCAAACAUAUUUAUCAAGAACAUGGACAAGUCUAUUGACCACAAAGCAUUACAUGAUACAUUUUUUUCAUUUGGAAACAUCCUUUCUUUCAAGAUAGCUACUGAUGGUCUUGGCCAGUCUAAAGGCUAUGGUUUUGUACAAUUUGACAAUGAAGAAUCUGCUCAAAAUGCAAUCAAUAAAUUAAAUGGCAUGUUGAUCAAUGAGAAACAGGUCUAUGUUGAACCUUUCCUUCGUAAGCAGGAAAGAGACACUGGUUUGGAUAAGGCCACAUUCAAUAAUGUUUAUGUGAAAAAUCUUUCUGAGUCUACAACAGAUGAAGACUUGAAAUUAAAUUUUGGUGAAUAUGGUGAAAUUACUAGUGCUGUAGUUAUGAGGGAUGCAGAUGGGAAGUUAAAGGGUUUUGGAUUUGUCAAUUUUGAAAAUGCUGCUGCUGCUGCUAAAGCUGUUGAAGCUCUUAAUGGAAAGAAGUUUGACAAAAAAGAGUGGUAUGUUGGAAAAGCCCUGAAAAAAUCUGAAAGAGAGAAUGAGCGAAAAGCCCGAUAUGAGCAGACUUUAAAGGAAGCUGCUGAUAAAUUCCAGGGUUUGAAUUUAUAUAUUAAAAACUUGGAUGACAGUAUUGGUGAUGAAGCAUUGACAGAACUGUUUUCAGAGUUUGGUACCAUUACUUCGUGCAAGGUUUUGCGUGAUCCUAUUGGAAUUAGCAAGGGCUCUGGGUUUGUGGCCUUUUCAACCCCUGAAGAAGCAUCUCGUGCUCUUGCUGAGAUGAAUGGUAAAAUGGUUGCUAGCAAACCACUUUAUGUUGCACUUGCUCAAAGGAAAGAAGAGAGAAGAGCAAGGCUACAGGCUCAGUUUUCCCAAAUGAGGCCGCUUGCUAUGUCUUCUGUCAGUCCUCGUAUUCCAAUGUAUCCUUCCGGUGCUUCAGGUCCUGGCCAACAGUUUUUAUAUGGGCAAGCACCUCCAGCUAUCAUUCCUCCACAAACUGGUUUUGGUUAUCAGCAACAACUGGUUCCUGGAAUGAGGCCUGGUGGCCCUUCUGUCCCAAAUUUUUUUGUUCCCAUGGUUCAGCAGGGACAGCAACCAGGGGGACGACGAGGAGCAGGUCAGGUGCAACAGUAUCAGCAACCAGUGCCAUUGAUGCAGCAGCAGAUGCUGCCCAGGGGACGUGUCUAUCGUUAUCCCCCAGGUCUUAUGAUGCCUGAAGUUCCAAUAUCUAAUGUUCCUGGAGGCAUGCUUUCUGCUCCAUAUGACAUGGGUGGCAUGCCAUUGCCCAAUGCUGGCAUUGGGCAGCCUAUGCCUGUACCAGCAUUGGCCACAGCUCUUGCAAAUGCAUCACCUGAACAUCAGAGGACUAUGCUCGGUGAAAGCCUAUACCCCCUUGUGGAAAGGCUGGAGCGUGAUUCAACAGCCAAGGUUACAGGCAUGCUACUGGAGAUGGACCAAACAGAGGUUUUGCAUCUCCUUGAAUCACCAGAGUCUUUGAAGGCUAAAGUAUCUGAGGCCAUGGAGGUGUUGAGGAGUGUUGCUGCUCAACAACAGGCCAACAGUCCAGCUGACCGAUUGGCGUCACUAUCACUGAAUGAUAACCUUGUUUCCUGAGUCUAAAAUGACCGGAAUUUGGGGUAUGGUAUCCUGGCCGAGAAUAUGCUAGACCUUUUAUCAACUCUUGGCUAUAUUAGUUUUUUAGUGCCGAAGUUUUGGACUUUUAUGCUAUGCUUUUGGAAAGGGGUUUUUUUAGUUGCUAGAACAUGGUUUGAAUUUGCUCAAGUUUUUAUUUAGUGGGUAAACCAUAGUUUAUUUAAUUUCAUUGAACCUUUCCUUUAUUUCAA